AGAACAGAAACACACAGCGCAAAAUCGAUGAAUAAACCUCAAAAGCGAAAACCGAAAAACGGAAAAGCUUAGCGUGCAUAACACAAACUUAACUUGAAAUUGUUCGAAUUGAUUUACAGCAGCCGAGGAGCUGUCAGGCCAGGACCUUUCCGCUGCAGAUAAACUUGGGGGGGUCAAAACAGAAAGCAAAAAUGGGUAUUACAGAGACUGCUACAACAACAACCGGAAUGGGAGCGGCAAAUGGUGCAGCAAGCGAUGACGAAAGCAAAGAGAUCCUAUCGCUGGAAGUUUUCCAGGAGUUGUUCAAGCACGUGGAACCAGAUGUGGAAAUCGACGCCCUUGAGCUGGCUCAGGGCUCGGACCGCGGCGACAAUUAUACGGCUGCCUUGUAUCGCAUAAAUCUGAGUGGCAAGCGGCAAAGUCGCGACGGUAGCCAACACAAAUGGACGCGAAGUGUCAUAUGCAAAGUUAUGCCGGAGAGUGUGGCACAGCGAGAGGCCUACAAAAGCGACAAAUUGUUUCGCAAUGAAGUGGAAUUUUAUACCACAAUCAUGCCGGAAUUGCUCAAGUUUCAGGCGAGCAAAACGGGGCGAGAGUCGCCAGUGUUUAAUGCCAUACCCAAGUGCUAUACGGCCCGACAUGAUCUGUUAAUAAUGGAGGAUCUGCGCGAACGUGGCUUUCAGAUGUCCGAUCGUCACAAAGGUCUCAGCAUGGAGGAGACGCAGUCUGUGCUGCUGCAGGUCGCCCAAUUACAUGCCCUCAGUUUGGCCUACAAGUUUGAGCAUCCGCUGGAGUUUGCCAAGCUGUGCAGCCUCAUCAGCGAGGGCAUCUUCUGCACAGCCAACACGAGUUGGUACAGAAACUACUACGAGCGUCUGACAAAGAACGCCGUCAAAAUGGUUUCCGAAGUGCUGCCUGCCGACUCCAAGUACGUCCUUGCCAUGCGCAAUUUCGCCGAGGGCUCCUCCUUCUUUGGCCAAAUGGUUAAACUGGCCAGCUCCGAGUCUCCGUUGUCCGCCAUUUGCCAUGGCGAUUGUUGGGUUAACAAUUUUCUUUAUCACUACGAUCCGGAGGAUCCGCAGCGUGUGCUGGAGGUGGCGCUGAUAGAUUUCCAGCUAAUACGUUACAGUUCCAUUGCCUUGGACAUUGCCAAUUUGUUGUACUGCUGCACCACAAAGGAGAUGCGCGAUGCGGAACUCAAGACGUUGCUGAAAAUCUACACGAAUGAGCUGUUCAGAUGGCUGGAAAUUCUGUGCACUGAUCUGCCCGAGCACUGCAAUACGCUGGAAAAGCUGCAAGAACUCUUUGCUGAGGAACUGAAAGCCUAUGGACGCUUUGCCCUGGGCCUGGCCAUGGACAUAAUACCCAUAAGUACAUGCUCUUCGGAGGAUGCACCGGAUAUGUAUUUGAAUCGGAACGAUGAGCCCGAGGAGGAGGAUGAGGGUGCGCCCAUGCUCAACUUUCCACCCAACGAUCUGUGCCGUCAGAAAAUGUCCGAAAUAGUCAUCGAUAUGGUCGAUGGGGAUAUGCUUUAGAGUUAGCUCUCGGCAGCUGCCCAAAAUCACACACCAAAUUAAUGAUAACUCAGUUAACCAAUAGGUAGCCUAACUCUAGUUACCAUUAGGCCUAGCAAUACUUUAUAUGAUUAGUGGGUACUGCCUGUGGUGCCCAACGUUUCUCUAGCAGCCAAGUGGAUUGAAGCAAUACGUUGCCAACGGGGAAUAACUUUAUAUUGCAUUUGUUUUAUGUUUUCUGUAUUGGAUUAUCAGUUUAAGUAACCCCAACGAUUCGAAGCCGAAUUAGUUAGAAUUAUAAACUCUUUGGAGUUGCCUUUAUGGGUUAGUUCUUCAAUCAAACAAUAUGUACGCUUUGUUCUAGCUGUUGCCAUUAUAUUGUAUAAUUAACUUACAUUUGUUGGACCUUAGCUCAAAGUACCCCCCGGACGACAAUAGACAAACUUGUCCGAGUUCGCA